ACUCGACUUUGUUUCUCUUUUCAGAAUAAAGCGAAUUUAACUUUGACAAGACAAAACCGGAAGUAGUUGCACUAUUUCCGGUAUUGAUCGCCGCGCGAGCAUCUUGACGACGACGAUGAUAACGAAGAUCCAGUGAAUGUUCAGCGCGAGACAAAGCGAUCGUUGAACAAACGUCGGAAAACAGGGAGGCAGUGUGACCAUGACUUCCUCCUCCACCCUCCCAUGCAUUCUGGUCCUCCUCGCUGUUGUGAGCCCGGGGUUGUCCCAAACAGACACCGCGGGGUCAGUGGAGGAUCUGACCUACAGGAAGUCAGACUUUGGCACGCGUGUGUUCCGUUCUGUCGCCCGCCGCACCGAUGACAACGUCUUCUUGUCGCCCUUCACACUGAGCGCUGCACUGACGGCACUGCUGAGCGCCACCGACGGGCCGACCCGGGACCAGCUGCUCCAAGGACUCGGCCUGUCCGGACUGGAACCGCAGACCGUAGCAGAUCUGAUCCAGACGCUGCAGAACAACAAACCGGACAACCUCCACCACGGCGUGGCCGUCUUCCCCGCCCAGGACGUCCACGUGUCCUCGUCCUACUUAGACGUGGUCCAGACAAAGUUCAGUGGAACUGUCCAGAACGUGGCCUUCACGUCACCAGAGGAAGCCGCUCACAUCAUCAACCGCUGGGCCCAGGACCAGAUGGAAGACCAGGACCAGGAGCUGGUUUCUAACCUGGACUCACAGACACAGCUCCUGCUCGCAGCGGUCGCCUCCUACAAGGCUCACUUCAGUCCAGCCUUCAAUGCGUCGCUGUCUCAGGAAGAGCGUUUCUACGUGGACAGCUAUCACGUCGUCAUGGUUACCAUGAUGACCAGGGCUGGUAAGUACUUCCUGGCGUACGACCGCUCCCUGAGCGUGGGCGUUCUGAAGUUGGCGAUGACGGACGGCGCUGCCAUGUUGGUCGUGCUGCCUGACGAGGGCGUGGACGUGGUGUCGGUGGAAGAAGGCGUGACAGCGGCCAAGAUUCAGGCCUGGAUUCAACAACUGAAGAAGACGAAGUUGGAGGUGCAGCUUCCACGCUUCCUGUUAGAGCGUUCGUACUCACUGAAGGACGUCCUCCAGAGUUUGGACAUCACUCAGGUGUUUGACCACGAUGCUGACUUGACCAACAUGGGCGGAGUCAAAGGACCAAGACUCACGCAGGUUUUCCAUAAAUCUGUUAUCUCCGUUGACGAGCGCAAUAAUGACAUCACUGAAGAGGGCGGAGACAUUGUGUUCUCAACUCCGCCCCCUCGACUGACCAUCAACAGACCCUUUGUCGUGGUGGUCUACCAGGAGACCACGGGCAGUCUGCUGUGCGUGGGCCGAGUGCUCGAUCCCACCAACAAGUAGUAACACCUGUUCAACGGGGGGACGCUAAUCCACGCCCACCAGAGCUGUGAUCAUGUGACAUGCUCUGAGGAUUACGCUCUAGCACCACCCUCAGGUCAACAUUCACAGCUAUCCGUGUUAACUUAUGUUAGUGCAUGUUCACUUAACUCGUGUAGCAGAGACAGUGUAACGCCCCCUUCAGACAGUGUAACGCCCCCUACAGGAGGAAUAAUGACAAUGUUGUUAUUGUGAUAAUGCUAUUGUAACAUGUGAGUCGUAAUAGAACUGUUUAUGUCAUUGCACUGAUAUACACAUAUAUAUGUAU